AUGGGUUGUACGGAUGCAUUUGAAUGGGUUGCACUUGUUUUGAUGUGCAUUUCAACAGUAACAGCUGAGGUUUACAGUUGUGGAGGUUUUGUCAAAUCACCAGAUGUCUCAAUCGAUUAUUCGAAAAUACAGGUUAAACUAUUUACUGCUGAAGGAAAUUUGAAAUUUGAAACAGAAUGCAGUCCGACGAACGGAUAUUAUAUGAUUCCGGUAUACAACAAGGGCGAUUAUUCCAUACGUCUUUUCGCGCCGGAUGGGUGGUUCUUUGAGCCAAGUACUUUUGAUUUGAAAGUAGAUGGAAAGAAUGAUUUAUGCACCAAAGGUGAAGAUAUAAAUUUUGUUUUGAACGCUUUCGCUGUGGAAGGUAUACUGCGAAGUGGUGAUGACAGUGGACUUGCAGAUGUUACAUUGAUUCUUAUUGCCGAAAAUGGCACCAUUGUAUCGGAGGCAAAAACGGUUGCAAAUGGUGCAUAUAGAUUUCAAGCAUCACCUGGAAAAUAUUUAGUAUCAACCGCAGGUAAUAGUACAGAAUGCAUCGAGCGCGAUAAAGUGCCGGUAUCAAUUACGACAUCACCGGUUCGUGUAUCACCGGAUUUGAAAAUAUCCGGACACUUAUUGACAGUUUCUGUUUUAUCCAAAAAGCAUCAAGUAGCUGGAGUUUCUGUAUCACUUUAUUCGAAAAUUUUUGUAAAGUUGCCAUACUGUGGCGAAAGAUUGGCUGAUACGGAAAAAGAAAGAGAAUUAAAUCGAAGGCUUGUUUGCAAAAUGAAGACUGAUAACAAAGGUAUAGCCCAGUUUCCGUGUCUUCCUCCAGGACUGUAUACCAUCCAGCCAUCUCUUUCCACCGACAAAAUUCGUUUCAGUUUUUCACCGGAAUUGAAAGAAAUCACGAUGGGAUCAUCUGCGGAGAAGGUUAGCUUCAACACACUUGGAUUUAGCAGCAAAGGUCAAGUGCUCUUAUCUGGACAGCCGGUUGUCGAUGCAGUUAUUUAUGUAAAUGGUGAAAAGAAAGGGAAAACCGAUGCAAACGGAUGGUAUAUACUUGACGGCUUACAAGAUGAAAGCUACACAAUAACUGCUAAAAAGAAUCAUUUUGCCUUCAAUACAGUAAGCAUCAAGUUAACCGCAAAGAAAGCUGAAAUUCCGGAUAUCAUCGUCGAAAGUGUAGACGUCUGUGUUAUGGUUAAUGCGGAAGAAAGUAUUAAUCGUAUAAUGUCGAUCAUUUUUACAAAUCAGCAAACAAAAGCCGUGAAAUUAUUGCGUACAAAGAGUGAUGGAGAGAUAUGCAGUUUGCAAGCAGUUGGCAAAUAUGUCGUUUCGGUUUCAUCACCAAAUGGUAUAGUGAUGACUCCAAAGCAGCGCGAAAUUGAUUUAUCGAAGGGUCCUGUACUUGAUGUUGUAUUUAGCCAAUUCAAAGCUGAUGUCAAUGUUAGUGUCAUCUGUAUAGAUGGUUGUGAUGCUUUGAAGGUAGAACUAUGGAGAGAAGAAACGUUAAUAGAAAGCCUUGAAGGCUUUGAUCAGUUUAUUUUUCAUCAAGUAGCACCAGAUUCUUAUAAAUUGAAAAUGAUAGAUAACGGUCGAUUUUGUUGGGAAAAAACAGAAAUGGAUAUUGUUAUUGAACAUGCUGACUUAGAUAGCCUCAUAUUUCGUCAAAUAGGAUAUCGAACGACAACCCAAUUGUCUCAUCCGGCUAAAGCGAAAUGGAGCAUGUUGGAAAAACCUCAAAUCAGUGGUUCGCUUUAUAUACCAGCUGAGCAAUUUUCUUUCUGCAUCCCUUUAACCGGCAUUUAUACUGUAACAUUUGAAGCUUGUCAUAAAUUCGACAAACAGUCAUAUGAAAUUACUAUCCCGCAGGAAGUCCCACUUGUUGCAUCUGCUUCAAAAUUUCUGAUGUCUGCAUCGAUCGAAUUGGAUCACACAGUGAAUCAACUUGAUGAUUUUAUCUUAUCUGUCAAAUCUAGUACUGACGAGCAAAUCUUCCCGGCAACUUCUUCAGCAGAAAAAAGAUUGGGUUUCACAUUUUAUUUGUCAGCGUUGGAUGCUGAUGCACUUGUCACACUUACACCCAAAUCGAAAACUUACCUUUUCAGUCCAAUUUCUCAUGUUUUCAAGUUCAGUGCUGAAUGUCAUUUGGAUGAAAUAACUUUCAAAGCUAAUAAAGGCAUCUUUUUGGAAGGCCAAGUGGUUCCAGCUGUUAAGGACGUGAAUAUUCGUUCGCCACAGAAAGAUGAUCCAAACGUUAUUCUUGAAUCAGUGACCGACGCUGACGGCAAAUUUAGGAUGGGUCCAGUGCGAAGUAUUGAAGAUUUGGACAUAAUUGCUGAGAAAAGUGGAUAUAAAUUUGAAAAAACAAGGAAACCCGGAAUAUUGAAUGCCAUAAAACUAUCGCAGCUGAUCAUUAUUGCUACUGAUGCUGAAACGGGUGAACCACUUUCUAGUGUACUUAUUUCUUUGAGCGGUGCUGAGAAUUAUCGGUCAAACAACUUCAUCGAUGAAACCGGAAAAAUCGUCUUCAUUGGCUUGCGACCUGGGGAAUAUUUUUUACGUCCCAUACUACAGGAGUAUAAAUUUGAUCCAAAAUCAAUCACAGUAAAUAUCGAAGAGGGUGAAUUUGAAACGAUAAACUUGAAAGGUCAUCGAUUUGCAUAUAGUGUUUUUGGCAAAGUUUCAUAUCCAGCUGGUCAACCAGUACAAGCAGUGACUGUCGAAGCAGUGUCGGAACAAUGUAAUCAGUUGCAAGAAGAGGAUACAACGAAUGAAAAUGGUAAAUAUCGAAUUCGUGGCCUUCAUCCUAAAUGUGUCUAUCGGUUGGUACUGAAAACACCGAAGGGUCAACGAUUACAGUCAUUUCCAACACAUUAUGAUAUCAUGGUAAAUGUUGAAGAUGUCAACGGCAUUGAUUUCGUGUUGACACAUAUCGACGAACGGGUAGAUGUUGCCGGUGAUGUUGUAUUUAUUGAUAUUAAUUCACCACCGCAGUAUAAAAUUGGUCUUUACAAAAGUGGUAAUUUGGUUCAGCAGACAACUGUUGUGGCUCCAUCUACUGUAUUUUAUUUCGAAAUUCCUACAGUGGAUAAUGCCGUAUAUUCGGUUCGAUUUGAGACGAUUUAUGGUACAGGUAAUCAGAAGUUAAAUUCUGCCGAAGUUUUAUUCACUGCAAAUGAAACAUUUAAAGCCGUAUCGUUAAGUGUACGUCCACAGCGGAAGUCUGAAGUGGAAAUAUCUAGUGGCAGCUAUUUUGCACUUCCAUUUUUCUUCUUUAUUGCAUAUCUAUUUUUCAAUCAUCAAAAGGCCAUUUCUUUUGUGGAAGAAAUAUUUCUUCGACUAUCGAAUAUAUCAUUGCCGCAACGUAGUCUAUCACCUAAUGAUGAUUAUGUUGAUGCAACCAGAAAAAGACAAAAAUUGAAAAAGGUACAGUAA